UAUUUUUAGCGGGAGGAGGGCAGAUACAGAGAGUUAGGGAACCACAUGAUCUAAAGAAAGAAGCGGCGGUGCACAGUGGCUUUACCAGGUCAGCAAGCAAAGAUGAAGCUGACUGUAGCUGUGUUGUGUCUGUCCCUUCUUUUGGUUCAUUAUUCACUGGCCAAGAAAAAGGGAGGGUUUGGUGGGAAAUUAAAUAUCUUUAAGAAGACCCCCAAACAGCCUAAACAACCCACACACCCCCAGAAACCACAGAGACCAGGGAGCUACCCUAAUCAAGGAAGUUACCCUAACCAAGGAGGGUACCCAAAUCAAGGAGGGUACCCUAAUCAAGGAGGUUACCCCCAGCAACCACAGAGACCAGGGGGCUACCCAAAUCAAGGAGGUUACCCAAAUCAAGGAGGUUACCCCCAGCAACCACAGAGACCAGGGGGCUACCCAAAUCAAGGAGGUUACCCAAAUCAAGGAGGUUACCCAAAUCAAGGAGGUUACCCCCAGCAACCACAGAGACCAGGGGGCUACCCAAAUCAAGGAGGUUACCCAAAUCAAGGCGGUUAUCCCCAACAACCAGGCAGACCAGGGGGCUACCCUAAUCAGGGAGGAUACCCCCAACAGCCAGGCUACCCAGCUGGGGGCUAUCCAGCUGGAGGUUACCCAGCUGGGGGCUACCCGUAUGGAGGAGGUCAUGGGGCUUAUGGUGGUUAUGGAGGUUACCCAGGUGGAUACAUGAACUACAACCCCAACAACAAAGUUCCGAGCCCUCGCUAUGGCAGCAGCUUUGGAUACGGGGGUCAUGGUGUUGGGGGCGGCUCUCCCUUUUCCCGCUCGGUUCAGGCGAAUGGCAUGUAUCCGUCUGAUAAAUCCAGAGGGUUUGGGCGCAGUGCAGUAAUGGCAGCAGCUGGAGGAGCUAUGGCAGGAAUGGCCCUGGGCUACGGGCUAGGAAGGUUCCCGCGUCCUCACUUCAACUUCCACAGUCCUCAGGAGGAGUACUACUACAACAACUACAUGUACAGGAAAUAUGGCGUCAAGUCUACUGAUACCAAUGACUACAGCAGAGACUACAAGUACAGCAAACCUCCGGAAACCUAUGAUAGGUACAUGGACUCUUGUAUGAAGAGAACAGACCUUCUGCCUGCAGAGAAUCGACAGCCAAACAACAAACAAGCUGCCACCACCACAACUACUGCUGCAACCACCAGAACUACUGCUGCAACCAACACAACUACUGCUGCAACCAACACAACUACUGCUGCAACCACCACAACUACUGCUGCAACCAACACAACUACUGCUGCAACCAACACAACUACUUCUGCAACCACCACAACUACUGCUGCAACCAACACAACUACUGCUGCAACCAACACAACUACUUCUGUAACCACCACAACUACUGCUGCCCCAGACACUGGCAAUGGCAGCGUUGAAACAGAGACCAAGAGCACUGUAGCACAUAACUCCUUGACCCCUGCACCUUCAACUCCCCACCCUGUAAAUGAGUCCAAGGCCAAUCCCGGGCCUCCGGCUUUACAGCUGCUCAGAAAAACGGCUACUAAUGACGACGAUGAUACAGUCAGCAUUAUGGAGAUUGGCUACCCAGCACUGAUCAAUCAGCUGAAGGUCAGGAGAUGCUUGGAGUUGUACAUGGUUUACUCUGAAAAGUACUUAAAGAAAAAGACAGAACCCAGGCCACGCAGUGGGGCACAGGGACUGGAGAUGGGCUCACAGGGGCUUUUAGCUGUGGUCACCAGUACUAUAGUGAUGCUACUGAAUAGCAACAUGCCAAUGCUGCUGCACUGAGGCCUUCAUUAGCAGUCACAGAGAAAUAUAGAAACAAAGAAUGUUUAUAAUAUUAAUUUAGCAGCAUGGCGUAAUUUGGUCCACCACUUUGGUCCGGACUGGAAUUAUCUCAACUCAUGGUCCCCAGAGGAUGAAUCCUAAUGACAUAUGGUGCACAUUUUCAGUUUUAAGUCACAUAUCUUGAUGAGUUUUGGGUAGAUUGUAAUAACUUUGGCGAUCCUGACCUUUCAUGCCAUCAUCAAGUAAUUUUUUUCAUAGAAUACUUUGGUUUAUGACCUAAUAUUAACUAAUGACAUUCUUAUCAGCUUCAGAUAAACUUUGUUCUAUGUGCUUAUUAGCAAAUUUUUGCAUGCUAACAUGUUAAACUAAGAUGGUGAACAUGGUAAACAUUGUCUGACACCAUUGUGCUGAAGUACAGCUACACAGAGUCCCGAGCAGAGCUGCUGAGGGGAUUAAUUGUCACCUUGGGGCUGGUAUAGGCUCUGUUAGGUGAUAACUGUAUAAAUAAACAGCACUGCAAUAAUGGAGAUGUACUUUAAGUGUGAUAUUGUAUUAACUCAAGGGGCACUGAUGUUGUAGGACUAUUUGAUUCAAAGACAGUCCAAAGAGGAAAAGAGUGAGUAUUGUAUUGAAUAAUAUAGACUUUAGACAGAGGUUUUACAUCAUGAGCAUACCUUAUAUUACCUACAUUUGUAAUGGAUCAUAAUUUCUUUAAAUUUAUGUAAUUAUCAGUUCAUAUAGUUCAUUGAAUUGAAGGCGGAAGUAUGCAUGUUAUUGCACUAAUAAUCCAUAAAUUACAUAAUAAAUGCAAAGAAAAUAAUCCCCUUUUCCUCAAAAUGUAUGUAUUAUGGGGUUAUUAUAAUUUAAGUACCAUAAGCACAUUUACUCAAGUUCUGCACUUGUACUUCAGUAUUUAAUAUUUUAUUGCACUACAUUUAUUUGACAAUUAUAGUUACAUUUUGCAUUAAAAAAAACACAUGACAUAUGAUACAAUGUAUUACUGUGCUGCUUUUCUACCCAAGAGUAUGAAGAGUAUCUAAAAUCGGCUCCACUUUAAGGAACAACAAACCGUUGAUGAUGACAGUAAAAUGUUUUUUAUAUAUUUUUUAUAUUUUCCUCCAUCUUGUGUUCAGUGUUUUACCUCUGGGGUUUCUUAAAGAGAAAGAUUAUCAUCUGAGUCUGUGGUUGUUGAGAUUAGAUUAAGUAUUUUGUUUGUGGAUUUUAUGAUUUUUCAAAACAAGUGUAAAGUACACUGUGGACAAACUGUCUACAUCCUACCUUUUUUGCCUGAAUACAUUUUGUUUAUUGAGUAUCAGCACAUGUUAAGAGCUCCAUGCUGCUGUGUUGCUCACUGUCCCAAACUAUUACUACCUACCAAUGUCAGAUGUUUUGGUAGAUAUGUGCCUUGGUGAGAGGUCUGCAGGUUAGUUUCUUUCAGUUAUAAAGUUGUUGUUGUUGUCCAGUUAAUUAUUUUUCUGCAUCAUAUUUUUAAUGCAACACUUAAUAAAAAUAAAAUGAGAGUGAAAUCCAA